UUUUAACCACCUGAACCCGUCUCCUUCCACCCGCAAUUGCCCCCUCCCCUCUCCUCCGUUGCUUGUUCACUGGGAGGAUUGGUUGUCUGCUGCCUUUUAUAACACCUCCGACUUUUUCCUUGGCCUUUUCUCCUCCUUUUCACCAUGUUCCGGAGUCUUUUGCCGCGGGCGACGCCGCGGGCUGUCCUCCGCUCUGCCGGUCCUAAGGCCGUCCCUACCAACUUUGUCGCUGCUCCCUCUCUCGCCGUCUUCGGACGCUCACAACGUGGCUAUGCCUCUGAAUCAGGCGAGCACGAUCUUGUUAUCAUCGGUGGUGGUGUCGCUGGAUACGUUGCUGCUAUCAAGGCCGGUCAGGAGGGCCUGAAGACCGCAUGUAUCGAGAAGCGUGGCCGUCUGGGUGGUACUUGCCUGAACGUCGGCUGUAUCCCCUCGAAAUCCCUGCUGAACAACUCCCACCUCUACCACCAGAUCCUCCACGACACGAAAAAGCGCGGUAUCGAGGUCGGUGAUGUCAAGCUCAACCUCGAGCAGAUGAUGAAGGCCAAGGACACCUCCGUGGAGGGCCUGACCAAGGGUAUCGAGUUCCUGUUCAAGAAGAACGGCGUCGACUACUUCAAGGGUACUGGUGCCUUCGUUGACCAGAACACCGUCAAGGUCAACCUCCUUGAGGGUGGUGAGCAGACUCUGCGCGGCAAGAACAUCCUCAUUGCCACCGGUAGUGAGGCUACCCCCUUCCCCGGCCUCAACAUCGAUGAGAAGAGAAUCAUCACCAGCACUGGUGCUCUCUCCCUGAAGGAGGUCCCCAAGAAGAUGAUUGUCAUCGGUGGUGGUAUCAUUGGUCUGGAAAUGGCCUCCGUUUGGUCCCGCCUCGGUGCUGAGGUUACCGUCGUUGAGUUCCUGAACCAGAUCGGUGGUCCCGGUAUGGAUGCCGACAUCGCCAAGCAGGCUCAGAAGAUCCUCCAGAAGCAGGGUAUCAAGUUCAAGACCGGCACCAAGGUUGUCAAGGGUGAUGACAGCGGUGCUAAUGUCGCUCUUAACGUCGAGUCCGCCAAGGGUGGCAAGGAGGAGACCCUCGACGCGGAUGUCGUCCUCGUCGCCAUCGGUCGUCGCCCCUACACCGAGGGUCUUGCCCUGGAGAACGUCGGCAUUGAGAAGGACGACCGCGGCCGUCUGGUCAUCGACCAGGAGUACCGCACCAAGAUCCCCCACAUCCGCGUGAUCGGUGACUGCACUUUCGGACCCAUGCUUGCCCACAAGGCCGAGGAGGAGGCCGUCGCUGCCAUCGAGUACAUCAAGAAGGGUUACGGCCACGUCAACUACGGCUGCAUCCCCAGCGUCAUGUACACCCACCCCGAAGUCGCCUGGGUUGGCCAGAACGAGCAGGAGGUCAAGGCCGCCGGCGUCAAGUACCGCGUCGGAACCUUCCCCUUCAGCGCCAACUCCCGUGCCAAGACCAACCUCGAGACUGAGGGUCAGGUCAAGUUCAUCGCCGAUGCUGAGACCGACCGUGUCCUCGGUGUCCACAUCAUUGGCCCCAACGCCGGCGAGAUGAUCGCCGAGGCCACCCUGGCUGUUGAGUACGGUGCCUCCUGCGAGGACAUUGCCCGCACCUGCCACGCUCACCCUACCCUGGCUGAGGCCUUCAAGGAGGCUGCCAUGGCCACCUACUCCAAGGCCAUCCACUUCUAAGCACCCUGCCAUGAACCACGCCAUCCUGUAUCUUCCCUCUAGUCUAGCUCCGCUAGCCAAUCCCGUGUAGCAUUGACAUCAUUAUAUUUCCUUUGUUGGUUGUGUAUCCAGAUUUAC